AUUUUUUAACUAUAUAUUUAGUAUAUUUUUUAAAAGCGCAGACUGUACUGCGGUUUUACAGAUAAGAAAUAAUUGAUUAAUUGAGCGGUAAACGCCACUUAAAAAUGAUGAAACUAGUGAUUUACUUGUCUUUAAUUGUCCUUGUUUUAAAUCAUACUGCAGGAUGCGACGCUUUGCGUAGCUCCAAUCGAGGAAAUAGUAAAUACGGUAGUGGGAACCAGGGUCUAGGGAAGGCUAAACCGUACGGAGGCACUUCCCCGGGUAUACCUUCACAGAGCACCACAAGGCGUGGUGUGGGAAUAUCUGCAUGGGGAAUUGUGUUCUUAGUCGUGGCACUGGUAGUGGCAGGAAUGGGUUUCUAUUAUUUCUCAAUGUGCUACCCUUAUUUUUGUCACAGACAAGAAAAAUACCAUAUUAUGGGAACCCCUACCAUGGCUUGACCUUGUGAAAUUCAGGAUCAAUUCAGUGGGCUUACAUAAUAUUUUAUGACAUUCUAUGCCACAUAUAAAUUGAAAUAAGUAUUAAGAUUAAAACAUAUCACAAAUAAACAUAUUGAAGUUUGUAUGUGUAAGACAUAGAGCCGAUACUUACAGUAUUAAACAUAAAAAACGUUUUUGACUAAAUCUGUAUUGGAAUCACCAAUGCAUAUGGAGAUCUACUAUAUUUUAACAUUAUUUAGAAAAGUAUAUUCAGUAAAAUAACUAAAUUAAAAUAAUACUAAUUGUAUAAUACGUUUGGCUCCUGAAAAAGAAAAAAGAAAAAAAAAUAUUUAUCAAAGUUUUUUUUCUUCAUUACAAGAUAGGCUAUAAACUCAUCAGUUAAAUUUAUAUAAUCUGGUUGUGAAUAAAGGCUAACUGCACUAAACCCAUUAAUUUAAUUUAGGUCAUGAAAUUAUAUUAGAUCGCUUUUUUGUAUAGAUAUUACAGAUAUUUUACUGUUUAAUAAUGAGACUGAAAAUGACCAAUUGUUUGUUAGAUACAUAAAUCUACUAAUAAGUGUUUAAAUGUAUUAUUGUAAAUUAAGAGUAGAUUAGCAGUUACUCUGAAACUAUAUCUUAAAAACAUUAACACUAGGGAACAAUUUUUCAUAAUCAAAUAGAAAACAAAUAUUUAGAAAAAAAGUGCUAUUUUGUAGCUUAUAAAUGAAGAUGCAAUGCAAAAUGGCCAAUAGUAACAAAAGCAAGCCAUUAUAAAAACUGUAUUAAUCUGGAUUUGCAUAAAUAUUUUACCCACUAACCCAUAAGGUUGCAGCUUUGUUAUUGUGGAUAACCCUUCUUACCAACAUUACCUCAGUUAUAGAUAAUGGGUGCCAUACAAACAAAAAAUAUUACUUACCUAACUUAAUUUUUAUUACUCUUAUCAAUAUCAUAUUAUAAAGUAAAUAUCAUACUUGUGGAAAUUAUAUAAGGAUUCAAAAUAGAAAUUGAUUUACAUUCCUUGCCUUGAUAAACUAAAUACAUAUCAACAUAUCAUCAGGCUUGAGUGAAAAUAAGAUUUUUACUAGUUGCUUAUUUUGUUGUGAAAAUUUAACAAUUUUGUAAUUUAAGUAAAAUUAGGUUAAUAUUUAGCGAUUAACACAUGCAUAAGGUUGUCUAUUUACUAUGCAGUGUGCGUGUUGUGAACAAGCUGUUAAACAAAAGGUGUUAUAUUGUUACUUAGCUAUACAUAUUUGUUUAUUAUGCUCAAAUAAAAAUAGGAUGACCACAAGGAUCUUAUAUAAUUCUAGGCCCCUUUUAAACAAUAAAUAAAGUAUGAUUCUGAA